AUGAAUACUUCAAGAUAUCGAGGAGGUCGAAAAGGGUACUUGUAUUAUGAACAAGAGAUUGCUGCUGAACUUCAGAAACAAGGAGUGCAAGUUAGAGACGUGCCUCGACAUUUGGUUUGGAUAAGAGAUCAUUCCAGACAAAAAGAUGGUGCAAUGACCUCUGACAAUCCUGCUGAUUUUGAAAUAGCUCAAACAAUUAAAGCAUUAGAGGCUCAACAAAUCCAAGGAGAAAUUGAGGCCACUGGCCGGAAUGAUAUCCUAGCGAGAGCAUUAAAGAAUCCUGAACAUGGAGGUUGUGUUAGGGGCGCUGGGUCGGGUGUUACAAAUAAGCUUGGUCAGGUUAACGCGGAGCAAUUGAAAGAACUUGGUGGUGAACAGUUAGAUGAUCAUUUAGAUGUCUUUGGCUCCGAAGUUGACCAAGGGGUUCGAGGUUUCAACUUCCAACAGUAG